AUGGAUCGCGAGAAUAACCUAGCAUUUUCUUCGGAAACUGACAAUCAAGAACAAUUAUAUCUAAUACAGAGAAUUUCGGAGAAAGGAAAAGGCGAUAUUGUUAUAAUAAAUAUGAUUCACCUUAUGAUAAAUUCUAUAUUGAUUGAAGUAACUUCACAAGUUAAAGAAGCAUAUUCGGCUUCUUAA